UUGCGCUUUAGGUCUAGCUACAAACCAAAAAAAGUAGAUAUACUGGAUCAACAGCUAGCCAGAGCUGAGUGCCCACCAUUUUAUCUCUACGUUCUUGAUUACCCAAAUUGCUUCACUAAUUUCUUCUCUUAUAAAUUAAUCACUUCUCUUGAGAAUACUUUCAUGUAUUUACAAGUAUUUCAACAAAUAAUUAAUCCCCCUAUCAGUUAUCAUUUUAACUAAACUGAUCAGUUCAUUCCAAGUGAUCUAUGGAGGAAGCUAGGUAUUGGAUGUGGACGAAACAAACUACGGCUAAUUUGAGUUCUGAAAUUCUGGUAUCAACCAAACCUUCGUCUAUCGGAGACUCGUGGGAAGAACAAGCUUUUGCAGAGGAUGCAGCUGGUCCUCUUGGUGGAUGCAUAUGGCCUCCAAGAUCUUACACUUGUACUUUCUGCAGAAGAGAAUUUAGGUCAGCUCAAGCUCUUGGAGGUCACAUGAAUGUCCACAGAAGAGAUAGGGCUAGACUUAAGCAGUCUCCGAAUUCAAAUACCAGUCAUCUUGUAAGUCCAAAUUCAUCUUUAGGUUUUCACCAACACCCUCCUGAUCUGGUAAGUACCUUGGUUCAUAACAAUUCUGAGGACCAGGAAAUUAUGAAGUUGCCUUCUAUGGUUCCUGUUCCAGUAACACAAGUCAUGAAAUUUGAGGAGAAGGCAUUUUCAGCCCCAUAUUUUUCUUCUCCUACUAUGAAAGAGCAACAGAACAAGAACUCGACGUUAUCACCUCUACUAUGGUCAAGUUUUAUUGCUGACAGAUAUUGUAAUAUUGGUGAUUGUGAUAAGCAAGAAAAGAAUUAUAAUUUUCCUGAAUCUAAGAAUAUUAGGGAUAAGAGGAAUUAUGUUGAAGCUGAUUUAUCUGCAGAGAGCCUGAAGAUUCUCAUAUGUGAAGAUGAUAAGCAAACUUCUGCUAACGGUAAAAAGGAUGAAAAUACGAGCUUCAAGAGACGAAGAUUAACUGACGAUGCAACGGUCUUGUUUUUUCCAAACACAAAUUCAGAUAAGAGAGAUAUUAAUGGUUCUCCUGAAUCAGAGGUUUUUGAAAUUAGUCAUAACUCCAAAGAGGAUUUAGAUCUUGAGCUAAGGCUGGGCGCUUGAUCUUUCCACCAAAGGUGAAGUGAAAUCGACUAUUAAUUCAAAUAUGUGCUUAUAAUAUAAGAUAGUACUGCUUCAUCUGUGCAUUUCUGAUAUGUAUUUCCUUUUUCCUGUGAAAAUCGUAUUUACUAUUACAGACUGAUUAAUUAAGGGUUUUCUUUGAGUA